CCCUGGGCGUUUAGACACGCCCCCAGCUUCCCGUAGCGUUGCCCCGGCGUCGAUGUUUUAUUCCAGCAUUUUCUACAAAUGUGAGAUCUUGAACUGGUUUUUAAUGCACUAGGCGCAAUAUAGUUAAUCUUUGUAAUAGCUACAUGUGACUGUCGUUUAAAUUAAAGCAUUAAUUGGGUACUGCCCUUUAAGCGCAGCAGGAAGUUGGAGUUAUUUUCAUCAGUUGUUUAUGUUUAAGUUCCUGGAAACGACUCCGCAUCAGCGAUGUUAAAACACACGAUACAAACACCCGGACUCGUGAUUUUACUCGGUUUAUUUUUCGGGAAUUUCACAUGGGGAUGGUUUCAAAACAAGGCGAAGAAGCACGAGCAUGUUUACACAGAGACUUCAGACAGCGAGGACCAGAGCUGCUUAUGUCAUUUAACAGGUGUCUUGGAUGACUGUUUCUGUGACAUCGAGAGCAUUGACGUCUUCAACAACUUCAAAAUUUAUCCUCGCAUUCGCAAGCUCACAGAAAGAGACUUCUUUCGAUACUAUAAGGUGAACCUGAAGCGACCGUGUCCGUUUUGGCCUGACGAUGGCCAUUGCUCCAUCAAAGACUGUCACGUAGAGCCAUGUCCAGAGAGCAAAGUCCCCGUGGGAAUUAAAUCCGGCAACUACAACAAGUACGCUCAGGCUGCCAACAACAUCGAUGACAUCAUAGAGUGUGAACAGGCGCAUGAAUUGGGUGCCAUUAACAGCACACUGAGUAAUCAGAGUAAAGAAGCGUUUGCAGACUGGGCUCACCAUGACGAUGCUCAAGAUCAUUUCUGUGGGUUAGACGAUGAGAUGUCUCCUGAAUCGGAGUAUGUGGAUCUGCUGUUGAACCCAGAGAGAUACACGGGAUAUAAAGGACCAUCAGCCUGGAGAGUGUGGAACAGCAUUUAUGAAGAAAACUGCUUCAAGCCAAGAUCAGUGUAUCGUCCUCUCAAUCCUUUGGCUCCCAGUCGAGGUGAUGAUGAUGGUGAAGGAUUCUACAAGUGGCUUGAAGGUCUGUGUUUGGAGAAGAGAGUUUUCUAUCGUCUGAUCUCCGGUCUGCACAGCAGCAUUAACAUUCACCUGUGUGCUGAAUACCUGCUGGAUGAGGGUUGGGGCAAACCAGUUUGGGGUCCAAACGUCCAUGAGUUCCGUCAGCGGUUCGACCCGGCAGAGACGAAGGGCGAGGGCACUCGGCGACUGAAGAACCUGUACUUCCUGUACCUGAUCGAGCUGAGAGCGUUGUCUAAAGUAGCUCCGUACUUCGAGCGCUCCUUCAUCAAUCUGUACACAGGAAACAGACAGGAGGACACGAUGACCAAAGAUCUGCUGCUGGAGAUACUCAACGAGACCAAAGCGUUCCCAAUGCACUUUGAUGAGAGCUCCAUGUUUGCUGGACACAAAAUAGAGGCAAAAACAUUAAAGGAGGAAUUCAGACUUCAUUUUAAAAACAUCUCUCGUAUCAUGGACUGUGUCGGCUGCAGUAAAUGUCGACUUUGGGGAAAGUUACAGACUGAGGGUCUGGGCACGGCUCUCAGGAUUCUCUUCUCUGAGAAAGAAAUCAAGAAUCUUCCAGAAAACAGCCCGUCAAAGGGCUUCCAGCUCACACGACAGGAGAUUGUGGCUCUUCUCAAUGGUUUCUCCAGACUUUCCACCAGUAUAAAAGAGUUGCACAACUUCCGUAUGCUUCUGAAGGAUCAUAGGUAACACACCUCCAGGCCACCAGGUGGCACCAGCCCAGUGGACUCUGCAAUUGUCUUAUCCGCCCCAGAAAAAUUCCUCUCUCAGGGACUGCAGGAUAGAUGUCUGCAGAACCCUUUUACCCUAGAUCACAUGUCAAACCCUUCUGCUCAGAUUCCACGCUUAAAGAGUUACAAAUACUGACUCAUAAUCGCUCAAAACGGCAGCUCUCAGCUCCGAAAACUUCUGAAAAAAGAUUUUAUGCUUUGACUUCAGAUGUGCAGGCUGUUUAGGCAUCUCUGUGCGUGUAAACAGAUUUCAGACUUCUCGUUUUUCUUGGUCAUCUCUGACAGAUUAGACUGUUCAUGUCUACAGUUCACAAAGGGGUGGUGUUUUUUUUUUUUUUUUCUUCGUUCACUUGUGUUUGUAUAUUUGUUGGUUGGUCUUUGUGUCCAGGUUAGUUUCUGCCAAUUACAAUGGUAAUUACAUUUUUUUCUUUCUUUCAGAACAGUUAAAGAAUGUGUUUUCAUAAUUUUGCGUGUCCCUGAAAUCUGUGCGUAUAUGUUGGAUUUUUUAAUGCAGUAGCUGCAUGCAUAUGUCUUACUGGCAUUCCUAAUCCGUAAUUUUUUAUGUUUAAGGGACCAUAGAAUUUAUUUAAAGCAUUAGUUCACACACAAAUCAUUUACUCACCCUCAUGUUGUUUCAAACCUGAAUGACUUUUGAAAUCUGACAUUUUUUUCAAAGAUGACAAAAAAACACAAUCACUUUGUAUAAAGCUGAUAAAACUUAUUGUAUAUAAAGAGGAAUGUUUGAAGAACAAAUAAUGCUGAAACUAAAGGUAUACCUUUAUUUAUUCAACUUGACCAUUUCAGUAUAUUUUUGGCACUCAGACAUUGUUAAAAAUUGGUACGUUCUGUGCAGUUGUUUUGAUAGAGGGAAACAAGAUACAGUUCUAGUUUUAACAUUAUCUGUGCUUCAGACAUUCCUCUUUAAAAGAACAAAAGUAUUAGCUGUAUGCAAAGUGACCCACAUUUGGAUUUUGACCUGAAAAUGUGUACAAUUUAACAAUUUGCACACGGAGCCACAUUGAGAUCCCCAUAUCUCUGGGAUUGAACCAUAAGGGGCCUUAAAAAUGAAGAUACAUUAAGAAAAGUUUGUUCUGAACCAGAAUCUAAAAGGAUAUUAAGAUAUCUUUAAAACUUCUGGAGUUAAAGGCAUGCCAACUUUGGAAAAAUAACACACAAAAAGUGCUUUUUCCCAUUUUUGAACUGUCACCAUUGGCAUAUAAUGCAACAAGGACUGCUAAUGUCAACUGAUUUUAGCAACUGAACUACCAAUCUCUAUGUAAAAAUAAAAUAAUGUUGCUGUCACCUUUAUAAAGUUAUUUUUUUGAUCUGUGGUUUUGCUCCAAAAUCAUAGGUGAAAAUUGCAUUUUGACCCCGCUCUACAAAACAGUGGAUUACUCGGUAAAUAUUCGUCCAUGGCAUUUAAUAUUUUGGAUUUCUUUCACCAGAAAAAAAAAAGAUCAAAAUCAAAUGUUUUAGCUGAGAAGCUCUGGUUGAGUUGGCAUGGAAUUACUUUAUAAUUAAAGUAGUCCAUACAACUUCUGUGCUAUAUUCCAAGUCUUCUGAAUUCAUACAGUGAUGAACAGGCCCAAAUGUAAGUGAUUUUUUCACUAAUCUCCUUCAUGUUUGCAUAUUUUCCAACAGGCCGUUGGUUGUCAUGUUUCACGUGAGUGAUUACAAUGUGGCAAAUUCGAAUACGUCAAAUACUCGAAUGAGAUUUGAGAGCUUUGGCGUAGUGGAGGAUUUUCAGUGAAUAACAACUUGAAUUUGGGUCUGUUUUUUAAUUAAAGUUAUUGUGUGACUUCAGAAGACUACUAUGAUACUUGUGAAGUCCUUUUUGGAGCUUGAAUCUCCUUUUGUGCUUCUCAAAAGACAUUCAAACAGGUUUGGAAUGACGUGGUUGAGUAAAUGAUAAAUUUUUAUAUUUGGGUGAACGAUCCCUUUAUUUUUAUAAGCUUGAAAGAAGUAAAUGUAGCUUUGAAUUGUUACAAGUUUAAGCAUCACAUAACAAGCAAUAAUAUUCCUCCAUUCAGUCCAGACUCGUUAAAUGUAUGCAAGGCCAAUAGAAACAGAAUUCAAAUUGAUUACAUUUUGACCCAAGCCUCAAAAGUUCUUGACUAUUAUAUUUAUAGCACGGCUUCUCUAAGAAUUCUUAAAAUAUCGCUUGAAAGGUGUCGUUCCUGACAUUGUUUGCAAACGUCCCUUCAAGACGUUUCUAUUAAUAACUUCAAAGCGGCGCAUGCGCUUAAAUCACCUGAAGACGUCAUCUAAACACGUGUGAUGAGUGUUGUAUCACAAACGGCUGUUUGAUUUAACACUGAAACGUGAAGCGAUUUGAACCAAAGCUGCUUUGAUCUGCUCGACUGUCCUGGAAUUUUUGUUUUUUACUUUAGUUAUGAGUCAGUUUUGCUGUUUCUUCUCUUUAUUUUUCUGUCUGCCUUUGUCAAGAGCUAAUCAUUCUGGAGGAAUCAUUUUAUAAAGCGAUAAUCGCAUAAUGUCGGCUUGAAGUUAAAAUGAAGAGCAGCUAUUUGUGUGUGUGUGUGUGUGUGUGUGUGUGUGUGUGUCGGACUGAGCAGCGCAUGCUUUUGACAAAACAAGAACAUUCAGUGUGUUCGACUUGUCUGCCUUAAUAUUUCCAAAAAUACUGUAUAUAUUGCUCAUGUCUGCCUCCUGUGAUUAUGAUUUCUGUCUCCUGUAACUGUUAAAAGGCCUGAUUGUUCACAUUUAGCUCAGAAAGGUAAAAACAGAGAAGUGGUGACAGCCUACGAUUGGAUCAGAUAUUUGAUGUUAUUGCAUCUUUGGAAGAAUAAUAAGCAGGUGCAUCUGCAAACUUCUCGAAUUUUCUGUGCUGGCUUUCUGCAGAAUACGAAAGGGAUUUAAGCAUUGUAAAAUAUGUUUAACACAGCUGAGAGUACUUCACUCUUAUUGGUAGCUGAAAGCAAAUCAAAUUAGCCCAAAAGUUGUAUUAAACCAAAGUAAAUGUGUGAAAUGAGGGGUGUUCCAACUCUACGGGAACUUAUUCCCUGUCGGCCUGCUGAUAAUUGUUAAAAACUUGAAUAAAUCUGCCCUUCACAACCUCAGUCGAGAUCUUCUCUGCCUUUAUAAUGUUCAGAACAUCAUCUGGUGUUUCUGAAAGAACGACAUCAGACAUUUCAAAGAUAAAGAUGCUUCUGUAUUGUGUGUUUGUGUCAAGAAUAUUUAUUUAACAGGAAUAAAUACAUUUGUCUGGUUGUCACUCACUGCA